GGAUAUGACGUACGCGUAUCCAGUCGUUUCUUGGCGCUGAUCAGAAACGGAUAGUCAUCCAGUAUUGUUCCACACUUUGCUACGACACAACGCAUCGACGCAGAUCAUGGAUCGUAUUUCGAGCAAACUACUAAUCCUGAUCGUUUACGUUUUGGCGAACGAGGCAGCACUAAGCCGACGCUGUCUUGCCGGGUCGGAACUGUUCGUCUGCAUCCUUUCAACCUUCGACUACACACCUGGCAAAGACAUUCCCGUGUUUGAGCUUCCUGUCGACGUAAAGGCGAUUCGAUUUAUCGAGCCAUUCAGUGAUGUUCACGGCAGCGAUAACGAAAUUCAAAUGUACGAUCGCGUCCUACAUCUGCAACUAAACUCACCUGAAGCCAUCGAGUUGAGAUCUAGUUCCACGAGAGCAGUAGAAAUUGCACCGAACCUAGCGUAUGCUGAUUUUUCUUCCAACGCCAUCGCCGAAGUGUUGGUGCCGCCGAAUCAAUCUUACGCCUUACGGUACCUGGACCUAAAUUACAACUACCGCCUAAAACAUCCACAAGCGCUCGAGAACAUUAGUCGGCUAGUGAAUCUGGAGACGUUACACCUGUCGAGCUGCGUAGUUGAAACCAUUCCGCAGAACAUGUUCGAGAAUUUGAACCGUCUCGCACAUCUAACACUUGCCAGUAAUAAUCUAAAGCAGAUCAACUUGGAGCAGCUCCCCAUGAGUCUUACCCUGCUAAGGCUCGAUGUGAACGGGCUAAAGGAGUUUCCUACCUCGGAAGUGGCUCGUUUACCACUGCUGGAGGACCUUAACCUCGAGCACAACGAGCUAAAAGAACUGAACGUUAAUGCGCUCGUUCAAACCGCACCAAAGCUGCGACUCUUUUCGAUCGGUCGAAAUCCGCUGAAGCAGCCCGUACUGAACGCCAUCCUGGAUGAGCUGAACCGGCGAAAUAUUGCGUACUACAAUAUGGAGGUAUCGAGCGAUAUGCAGUGUGGCGAGCAUGAGGUGCACUAUCGGGGAGUGUGCAUGGCAAGCGACUUUUUCCUAAUGAAGUGGACGGAUUGGUUAGAGUUGAUAAUGCUGUUCGUUGGAUUGGUGGCGCUGCUGGGUGGAAUUGCGUAUGGUGGUACAGUACUGUGGAAGCGUUAUCAUAUGGCUAAUUUUUCUGUGCAAACUAACAGAAAUGAACCAUAGUGGGCUGAUGUGAUUUGAAGCAAUGCUUAGCCUUAUUGUGAGGUUUUUAAUAAAAACUUUGAUUGUCCUUGCCACAA